CGUCGACCCGAGGCGGAUAGCGAACAGAGACGUGCCACGUUGUGCAUACUCGAUUUCGUCAGCAGCAGAGCAAGGACGCCAUCAUGUCGGCUCAACCGAAGCGAACGAUGCUGCAUUUAGGCAACCUGCCACCGAAGCAGAAGGACUUUUCACUCGAAUUUCCCGUCACUCCCGGUCGAGUCAAUCCCAAUCAGCCACCCUGGCCAGCGUACCGUGGAUACCAUGAAUACAGUUUUGCGCAUGCGACCAUGGGCGUUCGUCUGCCCACCAUUCUCGGCAAGGCCAUCGAUGAUACCGUCAAGACGCUCAACGAACGCUACAACGAAGACGAGAUCGUCGACUUGGUCUCUUGCAUCGAACGAAUGGAGGACCUCAUGGACGACUUGCACCAAAACAGCAAACUGCGCCCCAUUGUCGACGAUGGCGAGGGAGACGUCGCGCUCUGGAAUAAGGAAAUUGCAAAGUACUUCAGAGGCAAGGAUUUCAUGAACGCACCUUGGCUCUUUGCAGAGGCCUACAAAUACCGAAGAUUGCACGAGUGCUUCAGUGUUUCCAAAUAUUGGAAGAAUUACGACGUCUUCUUCCGACAAAAGUGUGAUACCUUUUCCCGAUCAAGUCAGGCCGUCUUUGAGCUCUCGACGCGAUUCGCAGACGAUUUCAAGUACGCCACCGGUAUCGACGAAGCCGGACAAGCCAAAGCCCGUCAGCUCAUCUUCCAUGAGCUCACCCAAGUCUGCCUCUGGGGAAACUCGACAGAUCUCUCGCUCUUGAUCAACAUGACCGAGGAAGACAUCAAGAAGCUUCAGUCGACCGGUGGCGACCACUUGGCCGAUACAGAGAAGAACAUCCUUGGCAAUCACAUGGACCGACUCUGGCAGCUCGUCAGUCAGAUCAAAGAUGGCCGAAUCGACUUUGUGCUCGACAAUGCCGGCUUUGAGCUCUACUGCGACUGCGUCUAUGCCGACUUUCUGAUCCAGUGUGGGAUCGCGAAAGAAGUCAGAUUCCACGGCAAGCGAUUUGCCUGGUUCGUUUCUGACGUCACACGAAACGAUUGGAACUGGCUGCUCAACUCGAUGGUCUACGGUCAUCUGUUCACCGGUGUCAGCGACGAGGAGCUCGCCAGUCUGAAGAAGAUGGGUCAGAGAUGGAAGAAAUACGAAAAGGCCGGACAAUGGAAGUACCAGGAGCAUCCGUUCUGGUGCACAGGCUACACCUUUUGGGAUCUCAAGAGCGAAGCACCCGAUCUUUUCCUCGAUCUAAGCGAAUCUGAUCUCGUCAUGUUCAAAGGCGAUCUCAACCACCGCAAACUCACCUAUGAUUGUCACGCACCCCCAAGCACGCCAUUCGACAUUGCCAUCGGACCCCUUGCCUCUGAAUCUGGCGCACCCCCAGUAGUAUCACUCCGAACGAUCAAAUCAGAUGUCGUUGUUGGCAUCAAGGCAGGCGAAGCAGAAAGAUUGGACAAGGAAGAGCCAGGCUGGAAGAUCUCGGGCAAGUAUGCAGUCAUCCUGCUCAGCGAGGGCGACAAGGGCGGAAAGGUCAUGUUCACUUGAGCAGCACUCAUCUUAGCUUCAGUUCCUCUCGAGCAUGCAAACAGCUGCACAUGACGAAAAGCUAUCCACAUGUAUAUGAAUCAAAUGGAGCUCUUAGAUGGCUCUUUGCUUGAGAUGUCUU